AAUAAAGUUAUUUUUUUCUAUAUCCGGAAAUUUUUCGCGUACAAAAGGAGUGGUGAGUCAUAGUGAGAUUCACCAAUUCACCUUGGUGGGGAAAUUGUCAUGCUGGCAUGCCAGUUCUAUAGUCUGCAAAGAGUACACAUCUUAUCAGAUAAACAAGCUGAGGUUUUAGUGGAUUCUUCUUGGUAUUCUACUCUUUCUCUCGUGAAAAUGGUGGAAGAGGUGCAGAAACACUCUGUCCACACUUUGGUGUUUCGCUCAUUGAAGCGCACACACGAUAUGUUCCUCGCCAACCAGACUUUUCUGCCGGUUCUCAAAGACGACACAGCCGAGAAAAUUCGCCGGGCAGUGAAGUCCAGAGACGGCUAUGGAUUGGUAUUUGACCGGGUGCAGGUGACUAAAGCGCAAAAAGCCAAUCAUGUUGAUAAUGGGACGCAUCAGAAUCACCCGGAAGAGCCUCUGGCCAUCACUGCAGCCCCCAUGAACACUUCGCACAGCUCAGCGCUGGUGCCUGUGGCCCAGAGUACUCCUUUCUCGCAGCCCCCGGGUGGACAAGUACAGUUGAUUCCCAAGAAGGCGCCCACGAUACCCAAGCCUAAGUGGCAUCCGCCCUGGAAGCUCUAUCGCGUGAUCUCGGGACAUCUGGGUUGGGUGCGUUGUGUGGCAGUAGAGCCUGGGAAUGAGUGGUUCGCCACAGGAGCCGCAGAUCGUGUGAUUAAGAUCUGGGACUUGGCUAGCGGUAAGUUAAAGCUGUCUCUGACUGGCCACGUGAGCACCGUUCGCGGCCUGGCCGUGAGUAGCCGACAUCCCUACCUGUUCAGCUGCGGCGAGGAUAGACAAGUGAAGUGUUGGGACUUGGAGUACAACAAAGUCAUCCGGCACUACCAUGGCCACUUGUCGGCCGUGUAUUCGAUGGCUUUGCAUCCCACCAUUGACGUCCUCGCGACUGCCGGCCGAGACUCCACGGCCCGAAUCUGGGACAUGCGAACGAAGGCCAACAUCCACACGCUCACUGGGCACACAAACACCAUCGCCAGCGUGGUGGCCCAGACAGCAAAUCCGCAGAUCAUCACUGGGAGCCACGACUCGACUAUUCGACUCUGGGAUUUGGCAGCCGGCCGGAGCGUCUGCACACUGACGAACCACAAAAAGAGUGUCCGGAGUGUGGUGAUCCACCCCACGCUCUACAUGUUCGCGUCUGCGUCCAGCGACAACAUCAAGCAGUGGCGCUGCCCGGAAGGCAACUUCAUCCAGAAUCUCACCGGUCACUCGGCCAUCAUCAACUGCAUGGCAGUGAAUCCCGAAGGCGUCCUAGUGUCCGGCGGAGACAAUGGCACUGUGCACUUCUGGGACUGGCGAACGGGCUACAACUUCCAGCGCGCUCAGGCACCAGUCCAGCCAGGCUCCAUGGACAGCGAAGCGGGUAUCUUUGCCAUGACCUUCGACCAAUCCGGCUCGCGCCUGAUUACCGCCGAGGCAGACAAGACCAUCAAGGUCUACCGCGAGGACGACGAGGCCACCGAGGAGUCGCAUCCGAUCGUCUGGCGUCCGGACAUCAUCAAGCGACGGAAGUUCUAACACACAUCUGCUCACUUUGCAAUUUCAUUCUCAUUUUUUCACUGCCUUUUACAUAAAAUUCUUAAUAACGAGAUUUUUCUUCUUUAAAGUGAUUCUUCUUUUUUUUUGUCCUAAACAUCCGAAGCUCUUCCCCUGCAAUUUUGCUACUUCCCUUCAUUGUCCACCACUUCUUUUCUCUCCCCCUCAAAAUGUACUAUGCAUUGAAAUUUUUUGUUCAGUUUUGAUUUGUGAA